GGUUCUAGUUAUUUGUUUUGUGGUGUGACUGGGGUACUCAUGGGAAGACAACCUUGUUGUGAUCGAGCAGGAUUGAAAAGAGGUCCAUGGACAAUGGAAGAAGACCGAAAGCUUAUGAAUUUUAUCGUCAAUAACGGCAUCCAAUGUUGGCGAAUGGUUCCUAAGCUUGCAGGUUUGCUAAGAUGCGGGAAAAGUUGUAGAUUGAGAUGGAUUAACUAUUUGAGGCCGGACCUCAAAAGAGGUACAUUAUCUGAAGCUGAAGAGGAUCAGAUUAUUGAACUUCAUGCUCGUCUUGGUAAUAGAUGGUCUAAGAUAGCCUCACAUUUUCCUGGGCGUACCGAUAAUGAAAUCAAGAAUCAUUGGAAUACUCGAAUCAAGAAAAAGCUAAAGCUUCUUGGAGUAGACUCAAAUACCCAAAAACAUGUUAUGGAAGACAAGAAACAACAUGUGGAAGCCAUAAAUCAUGAAGAAUGCGACAUUGUGUCAACUAAUGAAAAUACCCAAGUGGAUUGUGCGAGGAUAGAUGAACUUACACUUGAAAAAGUCAUGAACUCCAAGGAACAUCAUAACGAUAGGGUGUGCAAGAUCUUCGACGUGGAUUCAUGUACAAACACGAACCAAGAUAAACCAACAUCAAAUUCGAAAAGUGAUUCUAACUCACUUUCUUUUGAACAUUCAAGUUCCAUCAACCCUAACUCUUCCCUUGGAGAAUCCUUUUUAGUUGAAGGAGAUGAUUCUUCACAACAAUGGGUUGAUGAUGUGGAUUCAUUGUUGUUAUGGGAUUGUUUCAAUCAACAAGAUGACCUAUUUUUCAUUUUAGGAAACAGUUCUUUGUAAUAUGUAAAUGUUAUAUUGUUUUCAUUCAUUUCUGUUGUACUAGGUCAUUGUUCAAGAAAAAUUAUUUUUUUAUAGAAUAUAUUUCAUUCCAA